AUGAGUCACCAGGAACUGAAAACCAGCCCCGUGUCAUCCUGUUCGCGAGUGGUCACUGACCUGAACAUGGCCAAUCCGGGAAAAACGAAGCGCGUUCGUACAAUCUUCACCGCGGAACAAUUGGAACGGCUGGAAGGCGAGUUCGCCAGAACCCAGUACAUGGUAGGACCGGAAAGACUGUACCUGGCCCAUUCCUUGCGGCUGACCGAGGCGCAGGUGAAGGUCUGGUUUCAGAACCGGCGGAUAAAAUGGCGAAAAGUUCACCACGAACAGCAGACCCAGCGGGUCAACGAACUGAGACAGAGGUCGCUGUCGUCUUUAGAGGAUGACGAUUGCAAGGAACCGGAACCUGGUGAAUGGUGA